AAGCAAGGCUCUGCAAUUUGAACUUGCUGUAGUUCGCGCCCAGUUUGUUCUGACACUUUGAUUAGCUUCUGCCGUUUGGCUACUCGUAGGUUUGCGUUUUGUUGCAUUCCACUGCGACAAAGCAUGAAGGCCGUGGUUGAUGAUUUCAAGGCUGUGCUCACGAGGAAGGAGCGCUUCACUUUCGUCACCAAGGCGGUCGUGUUCCUUGUGAUCUUCGCGGCCGGCGUGGUCGCCGGCCUGUGGACGGCCACCGGUCACCGCCGGUGCUGCAACACCUACACGAGCAUUCUUUUCCCGAGCAACACGGUCUACCGGUACCGCGGCGGCGGUGGGGGUGGCGGUAGCUUCGGGGAGUUCGUGGCUCCGACGCGGCUCAUGCACGACAUGACGGACGAGCAGCUGUUCUGGCGCGCCACGAUGUCGCCGGCGUCGGCCGGUGGCGAGUACCCGUUCCAGCGCGUGCCCAAGGUGGCGUUCAUGUUCCUCGCCGGCCGCGGCGUCCUGCCGCUGGCGCCGCUCUGGGAGAGAUUCUUCCGUGGCCACGAGGGCCUCUUCUCUGUCUACGUCCACGCGCCGCCUGGGGUGGUGAUCAACGUGUCCGACGACUCGCCGUUCUACGGCCGGCAGAUCCCCAGCCAGGAAACCAAAUGGGGCUCCAUCACACUCAUGGACGCCGAGAAGCGGCUGCUCGCGAACGCGCUGCUCGACUUCUCCAACGAGCGGUUCGUCCUCCUCUCCGAGAGCUGCAUACCGGUGCAGAGCUUCCCGACGGUGUAUGACUACCUCACCGGCUCGCGUCACAGCUUCGUGGAGGUCUACUACCACAAGGACAAGACGUGCCGCGGCCGGUACAGCCACCGCAUGGAGCCGGACAUCACGCUGCCGCAGUGGAGGAAAGGCUCCCAGUGGUUCGAGCUCAGCCGGGGCCUCGCCGUGAGCGUCCUGGCGGACACCAGGUACUACCCGCUCUUCCGGCAGCACUGCCUGCCGUCGUGCUACCCCGACGAGCACUACCUCCCGACGCUCGUGACCAUGCUCCACGGCGCGGCGAACUCCAACCGCACCGUGACGUACGUCGACUGGUCCCGAGGCGGCGCGCACCCGGUGACCUACGCCGCCGGCGACGUCACGCCGGACCUGAUACAGAGCUUGAGGAGGAGCGAAACGCCCUGCAUGUACAACUCCAGGCCGACCACGGCGUGCUUCCUGUUCGCGAGGAAGUUCUCGCCGGACGCGCUGGAGCCGCUGCUCAACAUGUCGUCGACGGUGAUGCAGUACUAGUUUUUCCUCGCCGCCGCUGCCACUGCCAACUGUUUUUUCUAACAUAGGAUUUGUACAACAUAGCAGGUAUCAAUUGGAUUUAUCGAGCAAAAUAGUGUUCAUUUUGCGGCAUUUUGUCGAAUUUGCUGCAGUUGCAACACGCCAUAAUGCGGGUUCGUUAGGCAUAGUGCAGCACA